AUGCCACCAAAAACCAAGCCCAAAGCCUCGAACCAAAAGUCCAAGUUCAUUUCGGAAACCGAUAAACAGCAACCACCGCCCAACUGGCCUCCCCUCAAGCCCUUGAUUCCGCCCUCCGACCUCUGGCUUGAGACCGUCCUCCCGGAUCAGAUCUAUGUCAUCAGAAAUUUCCUCACGUCCACUCUGUGCAAGAAUUAUGUGUCUUUCCUGUCCACCCUGCCAUUGGUCACGACACCGGGCAGGCCAAAGAAAGGAGAGGCGGUGAGAGUGAAUGACCGGUUUCAGAUCGACGACAGCGCGUUUGCGGAAAGGCUGUGGAAGGAGACAGCAUUGGACCAAGUGCUACUGGGCGCGGUGGGUGCGGAGAAGGAAGAUUUAUGGGGCGGAAAUGUUGUGGGAUUGAAUCCUAAUAUCAGGGUGUAUAGGUAUACCAAGGGACAAUUCUUUGGACAACACUGUGGGUAUCUCUGCGUUCUUCUUGUAUUUCUAGGGGGAAUACGAAUGCUAAAGUCAAGGUUCAAUGCAGACGAUGACUCCGUAACGGUCCGCCUUCCCUCGUCAGAGGGCCAGGCUAUGCAGGGAAAGACGACGUGGACGCUUUUGAUCUAUUUGACCACCUGCACAGGCGGAGAAACCGUGUUUUAUCCAGAGCCAGUGAUUUCGUCAAAGACGAACGGCCCAAAAUCAAAAGCCUCGAAAGAUAAUAAUGCUCAUAUGGACCCAAUUGUGGCGGAGUUAGAAGUCGUACAAGUAUUCAACGAGUCCAGCUCUAAUCUGAAUAGUGAUCUUAUACCUUGUUACCGCGCUUUGGACGGGCAUUUUUUCUCCGCACAAGCGAACGGCAACGGAAAAGGUGAUAUCCAACGAGGCGAGGAGCUUGCAAGUUCUUGCCAGGCGCACGGAGAGGAACAUGCGUUUGCCGAUAAGCUAGUAGGCGAUGGGCAUCGUGUCGGAAGAUAUGAAUUUCGUAUAACCUCGUUGACCCAAUCGCCCCCUGCGUGUUGA